GAUGGUAAGUGGCAACUGUAACUCUUCAUAGGCAUUUAACUUCCUUGAAAGUUGGAGCUAACUCCUUCCUCAAAGUUUGACCAUGGCGAAGAAACCAGUCAAAUACAGCGUGGUUGACGCAUUCACCGAUUCAGCAUUCAAGGGCAAUCCCGCGGCGGUGUGCCUGCUGGAGGAGGAGAGAGACGAGGACUGGCUGCAAUCGGUGGCGCGUGAGUUCAACCUCUCCGAGACCUGCUACUUGACUCGCCUCCCUGACUCUGCGGCUUUCCGCCUCCGCUGGUUCACCCCUGCCGCUGAGGUGAAACUUUGUGGACAUGCUACUUUGGCUGCGUCUCACUUUCUCUUUUCAAAUGACUUGGUGAACUCUGAUACUAUUGAGUUCUCGACCCUGUCUGGGACUCUGACAGCAAAAAGAGUGCCUGUCACCAAAUUAUCCGAUUCAUCCACAACGGAGAAUGGCAAUACGCCAAGCGGCUUCCUCAUUGAACUGGAUUUCCCAGUUGUCCCCAUAGAGGAAUACGAUGCUGGAGAUGAGAUUUCAACUAUCUGCAACAGCAUUAAUGUUGCUUCUGUGGAUGAGAUCUACAAAACAACUACAAUGGACGAUCUCAUUGUUGUUCUACCAUCUGGCAAAGCAGUUGCAGACAUAGAACCAAAUAUUCCUGAGAUUAAAAAAUGUCCUGGCAGGGGAAUAAUUGUAACUGGGCUUGCUCCCGCUGGCUCAGGAUUUGAUUUUUGCAGUCGCUUUUUCUGCCCCAAGCUCGAGGUGGAUGAGGAUCCUGUAUGUGGAAGCGCACAUUGUGCCUUGGUGCCCUACUGGAACAAGAGACUGGGGAAACGCGAUUUCGUUGCUUAUCAAGCAUCACCAAGAAGUGGCAUUCUAAAUGUGCAUCUUGACGAGAAGAAUGAGAGGGUGUUGCUCCAGGGCAGAGCCGUCACGGUGAUGGAAGGAUCUCUUUUGGUUUAAAUCAGAGUUCCACCCAAUAAGGCAAUAAGCUUCUUGGUCUGUGCUCUAUGUCAAUUGUUGUGUGUAGAUUGCUACAUGCCAGUGUUGUUGUGUGUAGCGUGUUAUAAUUUCUGUUCAAGUCUUCCUGUGCAAAAUUGUGGGUUCAAGAAUAAUUUGUAUGUGUAUCAUCAGGAAGAUUUAAUAAAAUUUGUUCGAGAAUAUAAUACUUAGGCGAUUCAGAUUA